AUGUCCACUCCUCGCUACUAUCAUACAAGUACAUUCAUUUCACAAGACGGUAGUGUUCUUAUCACAGGUGGUAUUAAUGCAGGCUUUGGGCUAGCAUCGAUAGAAAGAUAUAUACCGUCAACGGGAUGUUUUCAGUCAAGUGGCAGUAUGUCAUCAGUACGCUACUAUCAUACAGCCGAUUCGAUGAGCUCCUUGUCAUCGUGGAUUAUCAUUGCUGGCGGUUAUAAUGGUGCUUCAGCAGUAGGUACUGCUGAUAUAUAUGACCCAGCAACGGAAAGCAUCGUUACCAUUUAUCUAGCAUCGGCAAUUUAUGCACAAAGAUCGGCUAUCGUAGGUGAAUCACAACUAGUACUCAUAGGUGGCGUCAAUACUAUCGCUGUUACAAGCAGGGCUCAAGUUUUUAGUAUUGGGUCCCCCUCAGCGUUCGCAUUUGCCAUUAAUACGAUGUCAGUGGGGCUUGUUUGGCACACAGCCACACCUCUUCAGAACACUUCUGAUCUUGUUUUAAUAACUGGUGGUACUGAUGGAGUUUCUUACUAUGGGAUUGUUAGCCUUUAUCAAGGAUCAUCGCAUGCGUUCAUUCCGCUCACCCCUGGAGUUAGCUUGCCAACCGCACGUGUCUAUCACACAGGUACUUAUGUGCCACAUCCUAUCAACCAAGUAUUGAUUGCAGGUGGGAGUACUAACAGCGCUACUUAUCUCAAUACAUUCGCCCUCUUUGACGUUGAUACUCUUCAGUUUGUUACAAUCACAACAACCAUGUUGUCUCCACGUGGCUGGCACACAAGUACACUAUUGCCCAAUGGGAAAAUUUUGAUCAUUGGCGGUUACGAUGGUACCACGUCAAUACGAACUUGUGAACUCAUCGAUCCAGAUAAUAAUUACGUCUCGACUCAAGUGGCCAGUCUUAACGUAGCCAGACACAUUCAUACAGCCGCGAUACUUUCGACCAGUUGUAAUGGUACUGUACUCGUGUGUGGUGGCUACAAGACCGGCAUUGGCGCGCUCAAUAGCUGCGAAGUUUACGUUGUGUGA